AUGUCGCUGUCUGAUCAGUCCCAGCUCUGGAGCACCGUCUCCCAACACCUCCCAAUCCUCGGUAGCAAAAUCAUAAGUAUUAAACAACAUGGAACGUCCUAUUAUGGGUUACCAGCACGGGUGACCGUCCAGCUGCUCUCGGGCAGGCUGGUGGACUACUUCCUAAAAGUCAUGCAAGGCGAUCUGGCACAGCCAUCAUGCGAAGGCGAGUACGAAGCCCUCAAAGAAAUCCGCUGCGUCUGCACCCACGCCCCAGCGCCAUACAGCUGGGGCAAAUACACAGAAAACGGGAUCGAGCACGCAUUCCUCUUAACCGAGUUCAUCAAAAUACAGAAACAGCCAGCAGACCCUUCAGCCCUAGCCUCCGCCCUCGCAACCCUGCAUACGCAAUCCACCUCCCCAACAGGCAAAUUCGGCUUCCACAUCAGCACAGUCCACACGCACAACAUCCAAAACAUAAACUUCUGGACGCCCUCAUGGUGCGAGCUCUUCACCGCACACCUGUCCCGGAUCGUCAGCCACGCAGAAACCCACUUCCAAUGGCCCCUCUUCGAUGCCGUCGGCCAACUAGUCCUCUCAACCGUAGUACCUGCACUUUUACUUCCCCUGCAAACCAAUGGGCGCACAAUCAAACCUUCCCUCGUCCACGGGGACUGCUGGGACGGAAACACGGCGAUGGGCGAAGACGGGCGCGCGUAUUUCUUCGACGUGGACUCCUUCUACGCGCAUAAUGAGUUUGAGUUGGGAGAUUGGCGGGCGAGACGGCAUAAACUCAGUGAGAGGGAUUAUGGCGAGGCGUAUAAGAAGCUUGUGCCGGUUUCGGAGCCUGUGGAGGACUGGGAUAGUAGGAAUUUGUUGUACUCGUUGACGUGGAAUAUAUGUAAUGCGUUGUUUGUGCCUGGGUCUACGCAGAAGGAACCGUAUGGUGUUUCGGGAUAUGAUAACGCUUUGUGA